AUGGAGAUCCCAAUCUGGGGAUGGUGUAUUAUCGUCGCAGGAAUAAUAAUGGUGACGGUUUUAUGCAAUUUGCUCGAUAGGUGGUGCUCGAAACCUCUUGAGAUAGAAGAAGAUGGUAAAGCGUCGUCUUCUGUAACUUUGGAGAAGAAGGAUCCAGUGAAAGAAGAUGGUAAGAGCAAGACGAACGAGAAGGCACAAGCUAAGCCAAAUAAUAAUCUCGUUUGAAGAAAAUUUUCAAUAUAUUUGUUUUGCAUCCCUUGUUUUUAUCAUAUAGUUUUCUUAUUUUUAACAAAGGUUAGACUCUUGAGAAUCUAAAGAGUUUGAAAGAUGUUAUCUAUGUAUGGUUUCUUUAUCUUAUCAUAACUAACUAAACAUGUUGUGUGGUGUUGAUGAAAGAUUGAAAGGAUUAAUCAAUCACAUUCUCUAGAACC